AUGGCUGACAACGGUGCACGCCCGACUGAAGAGGACCCAGCCGCGGCUUUCCUGGCUCAACAGGAGAGCGAGAUAGCGGGGAUAGAGAACGACGCGGAAGGAUUUGGGGCGCUGGAAGAGGCGGGCGGCGAGCAGACGUCUCCGCCCGAGCCGACACCGUCCAACUACGACGGUUUCGAGGAUGAGCUUGCCACUGUGAAUGGGGAUAUGUAUCAGGACUCCAAUGGCCCGACAGACAACUACGCAGCCAUCGCCCAGGUGGACACUCAGAGGCAGGAGCCAGAGAGUCUCCGGAAGUGGAGGGAGGAGCAGAAGACACGCCUUGAAGCGUUAGACUUAGCAUCCAAGGCAGCAGAGGAAGAGUGGAGAGACAAGGCCAAAAAGGAGCUGGAGGACUGGCAUGUACAUCAAAGUGAGCAGAUGGAGAAGAACAAGGUCAACAACAGGAUCGCUGACAAGGCUUUCUACAAACAGCCCAAUUCUGAUGUUAUAGGCUUUGUGGCUUCAGAGGAGGAUUUUGUUGCAGAGAGCAACGGCGAAAGUCCCGGAACUGAAUGGGAGAGAGUAGCCCGUCUCUGUGACUUUAAUCCAAAAACCAACAAACAGGCAAAGGAUGUUUCUCGUAUGCGAUCUGUCCUCAUUUCCCUCAAACAAGCACCUCUAGUCCGCUAAAGGGGGGGCACAGGGACAAUGUUGUUCUAGAAACAUUGCCUUUUGAGCUUUAACCUCACAAUGCAUCAGAAGUUAGUAUGCCCUUUUCCAUAAAUUCCCUGCUGUGUUUUAUAUUUUAAAAACUUUCCACCUUCCUCGAUGCCUAAUAUAUUGAAAUAAUACACUUAAUCCCCCUCUUUUAUGAGAAGAUGAAGGACCGCUCUAUUGUUAAGACAUCCUUUGGCUGGUCAGUUUUAUCAUUGCUAUAUUUAAGAAAAUACUGUUACUGUAAGUUAAACAAUUGACUUCCCUUUAUCUUACAUUGUCAUUAGGUCAGUUUUCUUGCAUCUGCCAAUAUUUUGGAUGCACAUUUUAUAGUUGUUUUAUAAAUUAGCAUUGGAUAAUGUCGAACACUUCACUAUUGAUUAUUAGAUUGUAACCACUCAUGCCUCUCAAUGUAAAGUCAUCAAGUCUUUAUUCACAUUUGUUGUAUUAUACCCCCAAUUACCCUAGUGAGCAGAUUUUUCUUAUUUCAAUUGCAUAAUUUGUGGCCUUUUUGACAUGGCUAUUUCUCCAGCUCCAUUAUUAAGCAACAUGGAUUUAUUCAAUUAGACAUCUCCGCCAAAACAAGAAAUCGAAACCAAAGAUCUAAAUUUUUAGCGUCAAGGCGAUUCAAAUGUGCGAUUUCUUUACAAGUUUUAUGCAAGAUUGGUGUUAAAUAUAAAUUCCAGACAUUAUUUUUAGUUUUCUAGGUGACAUAAUAAACACUUACUCUGCACAUUGUUUCACAUGUUGCCUAUUUGGACAUUGAGAAUACAGAAAAAAAUGAAUGUUAAAGGAAAUUGGAAAAUAAAAACAGUGGAGUCUGA